AUGACAGUGCCGUCUCACUUCAAACUCAACACCGGAAUGCAAAUUCCUGCUGUCGGUCUGGGAACCUGGAAGUCAGAGCCUGGACAGGUUCGAGCUGCGGUCGCAUAUGCGCUAAAAGAAGGUUAUCGCCAUAUCGAUGCAGCACUCAUAUACGGUAAUGAGAGCGAAGUUGGGCAGGGAAUCAAAGACAGCGGUAUCCCACGUGAAGAGAUAUUCAUCACGAGCAAGCUUUGGAACACCCAUCAGGAUAAUGCUAGGGAAGGACUUCAGAAGAGUCUAGAUGCCUUAGGGACAGAUUACCUCGACCUAUACCUCGUUCACUGGCCCGUUAAAUUGAUCCCGAACGAGACGAGCGAGCUCCUUCCAGUAAAUGCAGAUGGUAGUCGUUCAGUUGACCGAUCAUGGGACCAGAGUGAGACUUGGCGCCAGAUGGAAGAACUUUACAAGUCAGGAAAGGUCAGGGCAAUCGGUGUUGCUAACUGGUCAAUUGCGUAUCUAGAGGAGCUGGCAAAGAAAUGGACCGUUGUUCCGGCCGUCAAUCAGGUCGAACUUCACCCGUUCCUGCCUCAGCACCAACUGAGAGAGUACUGUAACAAACUUGGAAUCUUGCUUGAGGCUUACUCCCCACUUGGGUCUACUGGUGCGCCCAUCAUGGCCGAUUCAGAAAUCCAGGCAAUCGCCGAAAAGCAUAGCGUCUCGGCCGCCACCAUUCUUAUCAGCUAUCAUGUUAAUAAGGGUGUUGUUGUUCUCCCCAAAUCUGUCACCGAGAAGAGAAUUACGAGCAAUAAGGAGAUCAUCCCACUUCCCACAGAGGAUCUUGCUAUUCUUGAUGGCAUCGCUGCCAGCGGAAAAGCACAACGAUUGAACACACCCUUGUGGGGCUUCGACCUCGGUUUCGCUGACUGGUAUGGUCCAACCAAGCCGCAAUAG